CAGGGCAUCAGAGCACCGUAAUGGAAGUUCAGAGGUGGAAGGUGGUGUGUUUUCGUUAUUUAUAAAAUUGAUUCAAUAAAAACAAGAAAACGUUAAAAAUUGUUACAGUUUACAUGAUAUACCCCGUCCAUUUAUAAGCAAGGUAGCAAACAACGCAGAACUGCAAAGGAGUACAUUACUGCAAACCUAUGAAUCUGAUCAUUUCAGAAAGUGAGUUAUUUUUGAUGCUUGCCACAUAAAAUUGGCAUUAUGCCAGCUGCAACUGUAGAUCACAGUCAACGAAUCUGUGAAGUAUGGGCUUCCAACCUGGAUGAAGAGCUGAAGAGAAUUCGGCAAGUUAUACGUAAAUAUAACUACAUUGCUAUGGACACAGAGUUUCCAGGGGUAGUAGCAAGGCCAAUUGGAGAAUUCAGAAGCAAUGCUGACUACCAAUACCAAUUACUGAGAUGUAAUGUAGAUUUGUUAAAGAUAAUUCAACUGGGACUCACUUUCAUGAAUGAGCAGGGCGAGUAUCCACCUGGCACUUCAACAUGGCAAUUCAAUUUUAAAUUUAACCUCACAGAGGACAUGUAUGCACAAGACUCUAUAGAGCUUCUAACAACAUCUGGUAUACAGUUUAAAAAACAUGAAGAAGAGGGAAUUGAAACACUUUACUUUGCAGAGCUUUUAAUGACCUCUGGUGUAGUACUCUGUGAUGGUGUCAGAUGGCUGUCUUUUCAUAGUGGUUAUGACUUUGGGUACCUAGUCAAAAUCCUGUCCAAUUCCAAUUUGCCAGAGGAAGAAUUGGACUUUUUUGAGAUCCUCCGUUUAUUUUUUCCUGUCAUUUAUGAUGUGAAGUACCUCAUGAAGAGCUGUAAAAACCUCAAGGGUGGCUUGCAAGAAGUUGCAGAGCAGUUAGAAUUAGAGAGAAUAGGGCCGCAGCACCAAGCUGGCUCAGACUCUCUACUUACGGGCAUGGCCUUCUUUAAAAUGAGAGAGAUGUUCUUUGAGGAUCAUAUUGAUGAUGCAAAGUACUGUGGCCAUUUAUAUGGUCUUGGUUCAGGUUCAUCCUAUGUUCAGAAUGGCACUGGCAAUGCAUAUGAGGAAGAGGCUAACAAACAACAAUCAUGACAUGAUGGAUUUACACUUACAAGGCUGCAUUUCGCUCAUUUCAUUUUAACUUUAUUUCUGGAGGAUGCGAAAAUAAGGCCUUUUGUUUAUAACAUUGCAUAUUCUCUUUCCUUUCUUUCUUUUUAGAAUGUUAAACAGCAAGACGAAUUACAAUUAUUUUACUGCUGCAGACUUUAUUGCAAAGAAAGACGGAAAGUAAACUUUGUUAUUUGUUCAUAGGUAUUCAAAUGUAUUUUGAAAGGAAGAUAGCAAAUUGCUAAUACCUUGAUUUCCAUCUGGUUCAGAUUUCUCUAGUUUGGCAAUCAUUAUAAAUUGGCUGUUCACUCAUUUCAUUUCAUGUGUAGCACUUAAAAAAAGUGUUAUCUUUUAGUUUUUCAGAAAGGAGGACCAUGCAAAUAUGCACUUUAUACAUCAGCCUACAUUCUGUAUUUUAUCUACUUUUGUGGCCAUUUUCUUCAUUCUGCUUAACCAUUCUCUGCCCCUCGAUUUGUUUUAGGGAGAACUCAAAUAUGUUUUAGUUAAAUUCAUCUUCCAAAGUUUUGCCUUAAAAAAAGCAAAUCCCAUUUUGUGUUGUAUCUGCUGCUUUUUCACCUACAUGUGUACUCAUUCCUUUUUUUUUUUUUUUGUGCUGACAUUUCAUCCCCACAUUUAAACCUCGAUGUCAGUGUUUCUAUCAGUUUGGUUAAUAAUAACUAAAAAAAAAAAACUACAUACAUGCUUCCAUAACAAAACUAGAACUUUGCACAAGAGGUAUAUUAGGUAAAUCCAAAUGUUUGUCAGUUAACAUCUAUUUUUUAUUAUUUAAAAAUAAACUUGUACAUUUUGUAGGGUUUUACUAAAAAAGGUUUUAUUAAUUUAGGAAACAAUAUUUCUUAGUGCAGAUCUUAAUCAGAUCUUAAUGCAGACAUUUUGGCUGGGAAUCAUUUUUACUUGUAAUGCUAAAAAAGUGCAGUGCUGUUUAUAAUGCUUUCCCCCACUGUUAUUCCUGUAUUGUUGCAUGUAUGGAAAUGCAUUUUUCAAAAUUCAUAUGUAACCAAUAAUUACAUUUACUUUAAAAUGUGGAUUGCAUGAAUGUUGUAUGUAUACCACCAGGGAUGAACAGGAAACUCUUCAGAAUCCUCAGUUUACCACCAAUCCGUUUUUUCCCCCUUUCCAGAACCCAUUUGUAAUUUGAUUGUCCCUUUUAAAAAAAAAAAAAAAGAAAAGAAAUUUGUCAAGAAAGGGCAUUUGUUUUUAAAGCUUUUGUAAAUAAAGGCUUCAGAAUUGUUUUCUUA